UUAGUUAAAGAAUUUGAUAAAAUAUUAUGAAUUAAAAAUACCUCCUUUAACAUAUAUAGUUGUAGAUAUUUUUAUGGAGAUAUAUAUUUCCAGCAAGUAUAUUGUUGUGAUUGAGUAACCUCCCCGUCUUGGGUAGCAGAAACAGUACUAGGAGUAUAAAUAAAUGAGAAACAGUCCAGUUUUCAAAAUACAGGUGAAAAGUAGAGUUAUCUCCCUCCAUUCUCACUAAUUAAGUCACCCUCGGAUGGAAGGAGGCAAUAGCACACAUAACACAUCUUAUAUAUGUUGAAAGCAUCUUUAGCGGAGUUGCCACCCUUUUCUAAAUUAAUAUGGAAAACCACCACCAAAUGCAACAACCACUCUGUGAAUCCACGACCAUACUCAGAUCCACCGGUUUCCUCCCUCACAAUCUCACUCUAGAUCCCACAACCGCCAUCACCGGAGAGUAUGCCGCUGAUUCUUCCAUCAGAGAAGUUCACUUUCUCUCAUCAAGUUCACACCACACUCCAGACAGUCACAUGAAUAUCUCUAAAGACCAUGGAUCACCAACUCUUUUCACUCAUCACGUAGUAAACACCACGCUGAAUUUAACAUCGUCAAGUUCAUCAGCAAAUGAUGAAGAUCAUACAACUCUGCACAGUACACUUCGAACGGAAGUAUCAAUACUAAAGGAAGAAAAUUGUCAGCUGAGAACUAUGUUAGAUCAAAUCACCAGAAAUUACCACCAGCUACAAUUGUUCGCUGCUAUGCAGAAACAAAAGCCGCAUCAGGCUCGUCCUGAUCCUGUAGAAGAUGUUCCUGAACAAUCAUCUUCACAGAGUUGGGGAUCAUCCAAGAAUCUAAAGUUCGAAGAAUCCAAGCCUAGUGAACAUCCUUUCAAAAAACCCAGGGUUUCCGUGCGUGCAAGAUCAGAAGCUCCUCUGAUUAGCGAUGGAUGUCAAUGGAGAAAAUAUGGACAAAAAAUAGCGAAGGCUAAUCCUUGUCCCCGUGCCUAUUAUCGUUGCACUAUGGCCGUAGGAUGCCCAGUUCGUAAGCAGGUAAAUAACUUUCAUUUUACUUUUUUAUUUUUUAUUUUUAUGAAGUUUUACUUUCCUUUUACUUUAAGGAAGACGAGAUGAUAAUUAAUAAGAUGUCAAUAGGUUGAGUGAGCCUACUAUACUAAAAGUUCAAACAUAAUUUGUAAAAAAAUUAAAGAAUUUACAUAUAAUUAAUUGUAUAUAUUUAAAUCAUCCUAAUUUAAGCUUGAGGGUUAGUUGGCUUGGUUAAAUAAUAUGAAUCUUAUUGAACUUAUUUAUUAAAAGGGAUU